AUGUCGGCUCAAGCCCCCCAUCCCACCGUCCUCAUCCCAGGGCCAGUUGAAUUCGACGAUGCUGUGCUGCAGUCCAUGUCGACCUAUGCCGAGAGCCACGUUGGCCCGGCGUUUGUGAAGAUAUUUGGUGAAACGUUGACCCUGCUUCGACAGUUGUUCCAAACCAAAGCGUCGACCUCACAGCCAUUUGUGAUCUCUGGCUCCGGAACCCUUGGCUGGGACUUUGUUGCGUCGAACCUGGUCGAGCGUGGUGAGAAUGCCCUGGUGCUCCAUACCGGCUACUUUGGUGACUCCCUCGCCGCGUGCCUACAAACUUACGGCGUGAACGCAACCCAGUUGAAGGCCCCAAUUGGUGAGAGGCCGUCUCUUGAGGAGAUAGCAAAGGCUCUACAGGAGCGUGACUACAAGGUCCUGACCGUUACGCAUGUUGACACCUCGACCGGUGUAUUGAGCGACAUCAAGGCUGUCACGGAAGUUGUCCGAAAGGUCAGCCCCAACACACUGGUAGUCGUCGACGGUGUUUGCUCUGUGGGCUGCGAGGAGAUUGCCUUUGACGAAUGGGAUCUUGACGUAGUCCUCACAGCUGGCCAGAAGGCCAUCGGCUGCCCACCUGGGUUGAGCAUCCUGAUGCUCUCCGGCCGUGCCAUGGACCGAACAAAGAACAGAUCUUCCCCGCCAGCAAGUUAUUACGCUUCGAUCCAGAACUGGCUGCCCAUCAUGCAAAACUACGAAGCAGGAAAGCCAUCAUACUUUGCUACCCCUGCCACUCAACUGGUCCGCGCACUGCAUACCUCACUCACCCAGAUCACCUCCAAGCCCCUUGCAGACCGUUUCGCGGUGCACCGAGCCGCAUCUCAGCGGGUGAAGAAGGCCGUGUCUGAUCUGGGCCUCGAGCAGCUGGCAACCAAGGAGGAGAACCAAGCAAAUGCCAUGACGGCCAUUCGUUUGCCAGAGGGUUUGACGCCACCUGACGUCCUCCCAAAGCUCUUCCAGAAGGGCCUAGUGUUUGCCGGUGGAUUGCACAAGGAGAUCGCUUCUAAAUACAUUCGAUUCGGCCACAUGGGCGUUAGCGUGACAGAUCCCCAGCGCGACGAUAUUGAUAAAGCCCUUGCUGCUCUGAAGGAGGUGUUUGAAGAAGGGAAGAAGUGA